AUAAAUAAACUAAUAAAGCUUGGUAUUAGUAAAGAAUACUUAAUAAGUGAAUAAAAUUUAUAAAAAAUGAGUAUAUUAAGAUAAAAGCGAAAAGCAGCAUUGGAUUAUCUCUUGGAUGGAAAGGAUAGACUGAAAGACACGAUGCAAAUAAGCUACAAUAAAUAAUAUGAUGAAUUUUUAUUUACUGAAAAAAAUGUUUUAAAAAAUAUGAGAGAUGCUAAUCUUUUAAUUGAGAAAGCUGAUAAAGUUAUAAGCUAAAUAGAAAACUUUGAUAAUAAAUAGCUGCAAAAAAAACAAAGUAUCUAUGCGCCUUACUUUACAGGUUAAAAAAAUACUGCUCCAGUAUCACCUAAAAAGAAAACUUAAGACGAAUAACAUUAAAAAUAAACAAAUAACAGUAUGAGUAUGAUAUAAAGCGAAAUAAAUGGUUAAUCAAUUUCAAACCAAAGAAUAAAAACUGAAAUUAAUGAUUUGAUUUAAUCUUAUUAAAUAAACGAAGAAAAACUAAAAAAUGAUAAUAUAUUUGUCAAUUCAGUAGUUUAUAAUAAUCUUUAAAGCAUCAAAAUGUAAAAUGCUCUUAGAAUGAAGUAGUUACAAGAAAAAGAUCGCAACAAAUAAUUUCAAUAUCGAUAGUUUACAAGCCUUGGAUAAUAGCAGUAAAAUAAAUCUUAAUCAGUAGAUGUAUUUAUUCCAUAUGCUAAUGAAAGAGAUAACUUGGGCUUUAUUAUUGAGCCUGAAGCAUAGUAAUAGAGAAGAAGAAAGUUACUCAAUCUGCCUAUUGAAAGAUAAAAAAUUAGUUUAAUUGUUCCUCCAAAUACUGACAAAGUUCUUGUUAUGAAAAGAGGAGUACAUUUUUUUGAUAAGGGAUCUCAGUUAAAAACUACAAGAGAUGAUAACCUAAUACUCAAAGAUAUUUUUAAGUAAAAUUUGUAAAAGACUAAUUCAAAUGAUUAUGAAUCUAAUCUCUAAUAGAGUAGUAAGAACCAAUAAAAAACAGAAGUUCUCAUUAAAUAAUAGUUAGAUGAGUAAAAAAUUAAUAGCUAAAUCAACUAAAAUUUAAUUACUAUAUAGCUAAACAAAAAUGCUUAAAUAAACAAUCCUAACAAUUCUAAUUUAAUUAUUGAGGAAUAAGAAAAAGAUUCAUAUGUUGGUUAUUAACAAGCAGAUUAAGUAAAAACUUAACAAAAUAACGUACUUGAUAGUUCCCAUAAUCUAUAAAGUAAUAUUACAACAUUUCAUAAUAGUUCUUAAACUAGGCAUUAAAGCUAGGAUUCGUUGUUACCUCAUUUAGAUAAUUUUAAAUAUAUUUAGAAUAAUUAAAAUGUAAAUAACUAAAAGUAUUACAUCCCAUCAUACCAGGCUUCUCCAGCUACAACAAGAGUAGGCCAAAGCUAUCAAAAUGCUGCAGACUCACAGUAUAUUAAUUAAAUAACAGAUGAAAAAUCUACUUCUGUUUCCUAAAUGAAUUUAAUUAAUGGAAGUAUAUAAAAUAGCUUAAUAGAAAAUGCUAAUUAUGGAGUAUCUUCUUUGUAAAUAGACUCUAUAAAUCAAGCAAGCUAAUCAUAAAACUCUAUAAAUGGGAAUGCCUCUAUUGAAUAAUUUUAAGGAAUAUAGCAAAGUGUCAAUGAUUUCUAAUAAAUAGAUUCAAAUUUUAACAAAUAAGUUAGAAAGAAUUAAAGCUUAAUGAAUAUUUAAAUACAAGCAGGAUCUAAUACAGAUAAAUAUAAUUUAUCAAUUCCUUAAUCAAAAACACUAACAGCUUUUGAUAGAAAAGGCGGUAAAAAUAGCUAUUAGAAUGAAAUAGUUUUAGAAGAAAAAUUAGAUGCAAGCGCUUCUUUAAUUGCAAAUGAAAGUAAAAGUAGAAUAAUUGUUUCUUAAGGCUGUAUAGAAGUAAAUAUGAAGCAAAACAAGGGAGGACAAGUCUCUGAAUUCCAAAUAGGAAAAUUUGUUUUAAUGCCAGAUUAAAAAGAGGAAUAAGAAGUUCAAUCAAUAGAAUUAAACAACAAAGUAGCACCUAAUAGUGUUAAAAAACAAUUUUUUGAAGGUAAUUAACAUUUUAAAUGGAAAAUGAAUGCUCUUGAUGAAGCUUAAUUAAUAGAAAUGAUAAGAAAGCAAAAUGAAUCAAAGGUUAAGCUCCCUAAAAUUUAGAUCUAUAACAAAAAAAAGUAUGUCAGUGAUUAGUAUCCAGCACCAGGAGAUUAUGAUCCUGAUUAUUCUUGUAUUGAAAAGCACUAUCGUUAAGUGUACUUUGACAAAGCCAUCAUUUCGAAAAGUAUUUCAACAUCACCAUAAAAAAAUCAGAAUGAAAAAAUGCCUUAGUUGAUACCCAAAAAUAAAUCUACAUUUUUACCCAAGAAUAUUGUGCCAAAUAAGGAAGAAGGCUAUGAAAUCAUGUUUAGUGAAUUAAUGAAAGACAUAAAAAAGGAAGUCAGAAAACAAAAAAUUUAGAAUAAAGAAUUGUAGCAUCCAAUGUAAGGCCUACAGCUUAAUCCUAUUCCUCAUACUCAUAUAAUUGAAUUAAAUAAAAAUAUGGGAAAUUAAAUGAGCUACUGCAAAUCAUGCUUGAACAACAUAAAAUACUACCUUAGAGCAGAUAAUCCAACUAUUUUAAAAAAGAAAAAGUACACUUCUUUCAAUUUUUGA